AGAAUGGAUAGUAGGCUUCAAAAGGCAGCCGUAAUGGGGGAUGUUAAAUCCUUGCACGAAUUGCUCGUACAAUAUGAUUGCAUUCUCGAUAGUGGUAUAACUGGCGUGGAUGAUGCAAAGACUCCCUUACAUGUAGCUGCUCUGUACGGGCAUGCCGAAUUUGCAAGAGAGAUUUUAAGACAUAGACCGGGGUUCGCCAGCAGAUUAGACUCAAAAGGAUUUUCACCUUUGCACUUGGCGUCAGCAAAGGGCCAUUUAGAAAUGGUAAAGGUGCUAUUGGAGAUUAACUCCAGUAUGUGUCUGGUUAGCAACCGAGAUGGAAGGAUUCCUAUCCACACAGCUGCAAUGAAUGGCCGAGUUGAUGUCUUGAAGGAGUUAGUUCGUGAUAGACUCUUUUCAACUCGGGUGUUUACGGAGAGUGGAGAGACGGCUCUACACCUGUGUGUGAAGCAUAAGCGUUUAGAUGCAUUGAAAGCAUUGGUGGAUGAGUUGAAUGGCGAUGCUACCGUUCUGAAUAUGAAGGAUGACGAGGACAACACAAUUCUCCACCUAGCUACUGCCACACGGCAAAUCCCAAUGGUCGAGUAUUUGGUUAAAAAUAACCAAGUGAACCUAGAUGCCUUGAACAUGAAUGGCUUGACAGCUCUAGACGUCUUGCUAAAAAGUCCGUGCGAACCGAAUGAUGAAGAACUGGAAACAAUCCUUGUAGAAAGGGGAGCUGGAAGUGCAAAUAGAAUGGAUCCUGCUGCACGCAUGUGGCAAACAGACGACAGCAGUUGGCUAGAUGAGGCACGGAAAUCACUCAUGGUGGCGGCGGUGUUAAUCGCCACUGCAACUUUCCAUGCCACACUCAACCCUCCAGGUGGUCUUUGGCCGGAUACCACAUUUGGCCGCAAGGUUAUAACAAAGGGACACUUUGCUAGAGAGUCCACUCUGAGUGAUCGAGUACCAGGAAUAUAUGCAGUAUUCAUAACUUCCAACGGCAUAGGAUUCGUUGCGUCUCUACUUGUUAUCCUACUGCUAAUAAGUGGGCUCUCUCUCCGUAGAAGGUUUCUGAUGCUGGUCUUAACGGUUGUAAUGCGGGUUGCUGUCUUUUCCAUGGGGUUUACUUACCUUCUAUUGUUGAUAGUUCUCCAACCAUUUAAUGCUCGUCUACCUGUUUUGAUUAUAAUUGCAUUCAUAGGGAUAGGGUUAUCUAGCCUAGGAGUUCCACGGUGUAUCAUGCACUUUGUUUUACGCUGCUCUGAGAUACUGUUCGGAAUCCUUAGUAGGAACGCAUGUCUAAGGUCUCUCUUCCGCUUGAUGCACCCUUGAGAUAUUCAGAAUCCCGAGAAGCAAUUACAGGUGACGUAGGCAUUGAAUUAGGAACCGAACGAUCUAGUAGAUGUAGUUGAGCCAUAAGAAACCUUGAUGGAGUAUUGUUUUUUAUGUCUUUCUCUUCCCUUAACCUUCUAUUUAUCGUACUGUAUUGGUGAUCGCAGUUAUGUUUAUGUACUCUGAUAAUGCUUCCA